AUCUCGUCCUGUUCUCCGUGUUAUAGAGAUUACGUGUGAACUUCACGCAGCGUCAGGGCAGCAGAUCUCGCGAGACUUCGCGUCUUCACAUACGUGGCUUUUCGCUUCGUGCUCACUUCCGGUUUCGGUAAAUUCGCUGCUAGCCGUCAACAUGGAGCUGGAGGCCAUGACCAGAUACACGAGUCCGGUGAACCCGGCUGUGUUUCCUCACCUCACCGUGGUGCUGCUCGCGAUCGGCAUGUUCUUCACAGCGUGGUUCUUCGUCUAUGAGGUGACCUCCACAAAAUACACACGAGACGUCUACAAGGAGCUGCUCAUCUCGCUGGUCGCAUCACUCUUCAUGGGCUUCGGCGUUCUCUUCCUGCUGCUUUGGGUCGGAAUCUACGUUUGAAAAUUGAGAAGAACAUUCCAACGGCUCUGUGCUUGUAGUUGUGUCUCUUUCUCUCUCACACACACACACACACACACACACACACACACACACACACACAGCGGGAUCAGGAUUGAACUUUGCACUUGCAGUAUGUUGACAGUUUGACUUCACCAAUAAAAUUGAUUUUGUAAAAAAAAAAA